UCCCAACCCGCUAAAUACCACUUCACUUCCAGAAUGAAAUAAAGUCGUUAAUAAUUGUCAAAAAACCUUGUUAAAAUGGUUUGCCUAAGUCUGGAAUAAUGUUUUCUUUGUAAAUCAUGGAUUGGGAAAAACUACUUGGAAGAAACAACUUUAAUUUAACUGCCUCAAAGGAAUGGCUUUAAAUCCAAAAAGAUCAACUGCGUUUUAAUUGUAACCACAACUCAAGUGCUAAAUUUACUUUAGUCAAUAAAAUUUGAACAACAUAAAUGAAUCGACAUCCACCGCCCCCUAGAAAUUGUCCGCCGAGGCACCAUAAGUCUAUUAUUGGUUCCGUUAUUGGUGGUGUAGCUACUGGUGUUGCAGGCGUUCUUCAUGGUACCGCUCAAGUAGUAGGAGGUACCCUCCAAGGUGUUGGUGAUAUAGUAGGGGCUGUGGCCGGAGGCGGUCAUCAUAAUAGAUGUCCUCCAGGAGGUCCAGGGGGUCCACCUUCGCCCGGACCUCCUGGCCAUGGUCCUGGUGGACCUCCAGGUCAUGAGGGGCCACCUCCACCACCACCUGGUGGUCAUGGGGGGCCACCGCCCGGUGGUCAUGGCGGACCUCCACGUUAAUUAUUUUAUUUUAAAUGGUCUGUUUAGCUUAGACAUUAAAAUUGUGAAUAAAUAAAUUUAUGUGUAUGUAUUUUA